AGCCAUGCUCUGGGUUGUUGCGACCACCAGACCCACCAGAGUCGCUGGCGUUGUCGUCGCUGAAACCACCACCAAAUUCUCCAGGACGAAUGCUGUCUGAAGAUCGCAGGCUGUUGCCACGACGGUUGCUGUAUGGAAGAGAGCUGCCAUUGGUGCUGCUGCUGUCUGAGGGCCCACGUCCAGAACCAGCGCCGGUGUUCUGGCCCAGGGACACCACCCUCCUGUCGACGUUGAUGAAAGUUAAGAGGCACUCGAAUCUUAGCCUAUGGUUCUCAUCCUGUUCUUUGGUCACAUUCAGAAACAUCUCCUGCUCUGUCGUCUUUUCCAGCUCCUCUUCAGCUUCUUCUCCUGCGUUUUCUGCCGCCCAUUCCGGCAGUCCACCUGAUAUCCGGGAUUUCCGGCUUAUGCAUCAAACCGCAGAGCGAAAUUCGGUCCAUUUGACGUUCAAUUUUCACUCUCAACUCUCCACCACUUUUCUGUUCCAGCUAUCGUCAAUGGUAUCUCUCAGUCCUUAGGAGGUGUAACAGAUCUUGUUCCAUACUCACUGUUCUGUGCUUCACGUCAAAGCUCUCCUAGAUAGAUAAUGCUGUAUGUAUCUCUUCUGCUCGUCACACACAAUUCUUCUUGCCGACCAAUGCACACAUUACUAAUCUUCCUU